UUAAAGACUAACAGAUUUAUUUGCGCAUAAGCUUUCAUGGGUAAAAAACCCAUUUCUUCAGAAAGCUUAUGCCCAAAUAAAUCUAACACAGGUACCCCCUGAUACUUGUAUCUCUUCAGUGACUUGAUUUACUUAAUUCUGUUUAUGACAGCAUGGGGAAAUAUUUGUUUAAAGUCUAAUCUGUACAAAUGUAGGAGUUCAAUAUAGUCAUUAUUUUGUAUCUCUCUCUCCUAUCUCCUUAUAUUUUCUCCUUUCCAGAACUGAAGGAUCCCAGGGCCCAGCGAACACAUUCAUGACAGAUCAGCAAUGAGGCAGAAGGCAGGCAGCUGCAGGAAGGGCGGAGGCCAGCUUCAGUCGGGGAUAGACGUGAAAGUGAAACUUACUUUCUUAUUUUUCGUAGGUGCCAUGGCCGCAAGAGGGGGGAUAAAAGAUCUCCAAGAGGCUGUUAUCUGUUCCAUUUGCCUGGCUUCUUUUAACAAUCCAGUGAUUCUCAUCAAGUGUGGGCACAAUUUCUGCCGAGCCUGCAUCACUCAGUACUGCAAGGACUCCAAAGUCUUCCCCCCUUAUCCCUGCCCUCAGUGCAGAGAACCGUUCCGGGAAGGGGAAUUCCAGCCCAACCGGGACCUGAGGAAUGUAGUUGAAAUGACCCAAACCAUCCCAGACCUCCAAGGGAAGAAAGCGUGUGAAAAACAUGAGGAGCUUUUGAAACUUUUCUGUGAAGUGGAUCAAACCCCCAUCUGUGUGGUGUGCAGAGAGUCCCGCAGUCACAAAGACCACUCCGUGGUUCCUCUCGAUGAGGCUGCUGUGGAUUACCAGGAACAAAUUCGGAGCCGUUUGGAGAGUUUGAAGAAAGAGAGAGACAAGAUUCUGUCAUAUAAAUUGAGUGGGGAAAAUACAAGCCAGGAACUACUGAAACAGCUACAAACUGAGAGGCAAAAGAUUGUGGCUGAAUUUCAGCAACUGCGCCAGUUUUUGGAGGAACAAGAGCGACUCCUGCUGGCCCACCUGGAAGAGCUGAAUAAGGAAAUUGAAAAAAGUAGGGAUGACUAUGUUGCCAAACUAUCUGAGGAACUAUCCUCUUUCAGUUCCCUGAUCAGUGAGAUGGAGCAGAAGUGCCAGCAGCCAGCAAGUGAAUUCCUACAGGACAUCAAAGGCACCUUGAGCAGAUGUGAGAGGGAGAAGUUUCAGAACCCAGUGGCCUUUUCUUCUGACCUGAAAUGGAGAAUCUGGGAAUUUUCUCAAAGAAAUGCACCUCUGGAGACCAUAAUGAAGAAGUUCACAGACUCUCUGUCAUCUAGACAGCGGUUGGACAAAGUGAAUGUGACUCUGGAUCCAAACACGGCCCAUCCCCGACUCAUCGUGUCUGCAGAUCGGAGGAGUGUGAGAUGGGAACGCACACGGCAGAAUCUGCCUGACAACCCAGAGAGAUUUAACACUAUGGCCUGUGUGCUGGGCUGUGAAGGAUUCACCUCGGGCAGACGUUACUGGGAGGUGGAAGUGGAGGUGGAGGUGGGGAGGGGAACCUGUGUUUUGGGGGUGGCCAGAGCGUCUGCGAGCAGGAAGGGACAGAUCAGCGUUAACUCUGAGGGGGGGAUCUGGGCUGUGGGGUGCAGUGAGGAUCAGUACUGGGCUGAAACAUCCCCUGUGCAGAGCAUCCCCUUGUCCCCGAGCCGGGGACCCCGCAGGAUCCGGGUUUAUCUGGACUAUGAACAGGGGCAGGUGGCGUUUUUCGAUGCUGGUACCUGGGACCCGAUAUUCACUUUCCCGCCGGCCUCUUUCGCCGGGGAGAGAAUCCGCCCGUUCUUCCGGGUUGAUGUUAGCGUACAGCUAGUCUAGCCCCCACCCCCCCGAUCUCUAGGACCUGGAGGACUCAGCCAGUCUCUCUCCGCACAGACAGGGCUGCAGGGGGGUGAUGCUGUACCCGUAGCUCUAUGGCUGUGGAGGUCUGUGUGAGGCUCUAGGCUGGUCUCUGUGCUCCUGAGAGGCCAACGCUGUGUGCAGUGGGGGGGGUCCCACCAAGAAAGGAUCGGAGGGAGCCCCCCUGUGGGAGGGACCCAGCUGAGGGCCAGGGAGAGACCCCUCAACUGGUGGGAGAUCAGGGAGGAGGCCCAUCUGA